AUGAAGUUUAAUCCAUCUUCAUGUUCUAAAGGAGCAAGCACAAGCCCUGAGGACACAAAGAACAUGGCUCGUGAAUCUUUGAGAACGGUUCUACGGAAAUCUGGUUCCGACUCCCCAACUGGGGAUGCCCCUGACUUUAGUUUCUAUGACAACCUCAACAGUGACCCAUUAUUGAAUAUAGAGUUUAGUGAAAAUGCGGCCACUGAUAGUGAGAAUUCACAUGCAGAAGUGGGAUCCGGUGAACGCAUUGUCAAUUCAAGUGCAAAGAAGGCCAUAGUGAGGAGCCAGUCAGAUACAGGGAUGUCAAAAACUUUAACUGUGAUUAAAAAUAUAUACAAAGACAACGAGGACUUUGAGCCCGGAAAGUCAGGGACUGUGAACAGGCUCGAGGAUAUUUUUUCUGACUCUGAGUGCCCCAAAAAGGGGGAAGAAGAAAAUGUCAAGGUCAAAGCAAAAUCAAAAGGGCAUAAAAGGUCAAGGUCAGAUCAUGGAGGUAUAAAAGUGGAGAAAGGACCCCAGAAAGAAAAAGGAAAAGUGCCAAAUAAAACUCAGAGAGAAGAUUCAUCUGAACCAGCAAGUAAAGAUAUACCAGGGGAGACAACUUUCAGGCAGCCUGUACAUGGUCAGUCCCUCAUCAACUACCUGUCUUCUCAGGAUUUUAACACCUGUGCCAUUCUAGACAAGGAGAAUGAACAUUUCAGUAUAUCUGAGGCAUUGAUAGCAGCCAUAGAACAAAUGAAGUGGAACCACGUCAUAAGUCCGAAGGACCGUGAGGAUCCUGAGGAAGAAGACUCGGAUGAGGAAAUCAACAAACUAAAGCAGCGAAUUCGCAUCCGCAAACAGCAGAAACUAAGGGAGAAAGCCAGAUUUUUUCCUACAUCCAGUGAUGGACUUACUGACACGGCUACAACUAGCAAGAGUCCCUCUUCAGUGUUAAAUUCUUCCUGUCAAGAUAACACAGAUAGCAGUAAUUCAGACAUUGAGGUGGAUGAAAUCAAUCUAACAAUUUCAGACAAUGAGCAAGACAAUGAGACCAAUCUGAGUUUGAUCAAAUCUGAGGGUCUCUCACUGUCCCUUGCCUCCCUGUACUCAGAUGCAGAUUUACAGAAAGUGAAGCCAGAUAGACAAAGCUCUAUGGAGAUAUCUGACCAAUCUGGCAUGUCAGCAGAGUCGGUAGCCAUUUUGUUGUUAAAGAAAUUCUCGGAAAAGCAGCUUCCAAAGGCAUCCGAGCUGGAGUGGCUGGUACCUAUAUCUGAGGCUCCACAGGAGUUACUUCCCUUACCAAAGUCAUAUCCAGUAUCUCCAGAUGAUAUUGAAAAUGAGAUUGGAGGAUUCACAAACUCGCUGUUUGGGCUGAGGACAAAAGUAGAAAUAUCACGUACUCUGAAAAACUGCAUGUUUAUUGGUCACAACUUUAUAAGUAAGAUAAUGAUAUUUAUUUCCAGUCUGGUUGGUGAUAUAAAUGCAGAGCCCUCACAUUGGUAUGAAGAUGUGGACGUCUACUCCAUUAGUGACCUUGUUGGUAUAAAGAACAGUUCUAUAGUGACAAAGCUGAAGGAUUUAGUGACAAAGUCCAUAGAUCACGUGGAGCAGUGUUCGUUCUGUCAGGGCUUUGGCUACAUCUGUGAGCUGUGUGGAGAUGAGAGUGAUAUCAUCUACCCAUUCCAGUUGCAGACUGUCGUUGUUUGCAAAGAUUGCACAUCAUGUUUCCAUAAAGGGUGUUAUGUAGAGGGAAAGUGUCCCAAAUGUAUCAGGAUUGAAGCAAGAAGGCAGAGACAAUUGCUUGAAACGAAGAUCUUUGAUUCCUCAGAAGAAGAGAGCGGGAGUUAAGACUGCAACUAAUAGUGAAAUAGUGCAAUUAUUGUGAUAUUUUUCUUUGAAUUUAAUCUUUGAAUUUUUUGUUGUCGAAAUCCCGUUUGAAGUUUAUUUGUUUUUUUUAUAAUAUAAGUGAGUGAUUUUGUCCUUUUAACUAUAAAAAAAACCAUUGAUUAAUUAAAUCAAAUCAAACUGAUCACUCAGUAAUACAAUUAAAAAAAUAUGCUUUUUAUUUUCAUUUUGAAAUGUAGCUUUUUUAUAUAUAUCAUUAUGGAACAUUAACAGCUGUUUAUUAUUAUUGGCUAGCUUUAUAUUUAAGGCAGGUUAGAGUAAUAUGAUUUAUAUACCACGUACCAGUUUUCAUUUCUGCAGACAUUGUGUGUUGUUGGUUAAUGAAAUCAACAUACUGCAAUAUUAUU